AUCCGAUUUGUGAAUGUAUAACACGGAGUCCUAGAAAUAACCUCGUGGAAAAUGAGAACGUUUCGAAAAUACGGGAUGAUAGCCCUUAUAUUUAUCAUUGUUGUAAUAUUGACUCUAUUGAACAUAAAAAGUCGAAAUAAAGUUAUCAAAACACAUCGGCACUUGACUAACACACGAAGGAAAAUCUGGAAAAAUAGUUUCGAUCCUGAGAAGGAUGUCAUCCGAAACGAUAAACUAGAAAACAAUAGCACAUAUGCAAGGAGGAAAACUAUUUUACUCUAUAAUUCAUUCUUCGAAAUGAAAGGAUGGGGAUUCGGGGUAGGGUCUGAACCUUUCAAAACCAAAAAGUGUUCUUACAAUCAGUGUAGUGUUACACAUGAUCGUAAUCUUCUAGAGUCUAGCGACGCUGUUUUAUUUCAUACAACAGCGCUAGGGCGUGAUAAACCAAAAAUCAGACUCCCACACCAACGUUGGGUGUUUUUCCAAAUGGAAAGCCCAAACAAUCUACAUAAUCUAGAAUAUAAAAACUGGAAUGGCCUGUUCAACUGGACGAUGACUUAUCGAAGAGAUUCUGACAUCCAUAUAAGAUAUGGUGCUGUCUUGCCAACUUCUGAUACUGAAGACAUGUAUUACCACCAUGGCUCUAAUGCUAUGAGUCUAAAUGUUACUAAGAAGACUAAGCUUUUAGCAUGGAUGGUUAGCAAUUGUUAUACGCAAGCAAAACGUGAGACGCUCGUGAAACAGUUAGAGAAAUUCAUUUCAGUUGACAAAUAUGGCAAAUGUUCACAUAAGAAAUUAACAUGUGAAAUAAACUCAACUGCACACGACCCGCAGUAUGAUUGCUUUACGAUGCUAGGUAACAAGUAUAAGUUUCACCUUGCAGUUGAGAACUCUCUGUGUAAAGAUUAUGUCACGGAAAAACUCUUCAACACUAUGGCAUACGGCAUGGUUCCAAUUGUCUACGGUGAUAUCGACUAUUCUGAACUUCUCCCACCACAUUCCUACAUCGACGUCACCAAGUUUAAUAGUGCGAAAGAGCUAGCGAAAUUCCUUACUGAUUUAGACAAAGAUGACGCGAGAUAUGAAGAAUAUUUUGCUUGGAAGAAGAACUAUACUGCGUUCGGUAACAGGGAUAGUGAUCAUCUCUCAUGGUGUGAUCUCUGUGAGAAACUGCAUACAGACACAACGCCCAAAGUGUAUGAACACAUAGACCAAUGGUGGAAUAGAAACAAUGAUUGUGUAGAUCCAAGACAUAUUAUGAAAUCUUGGAAUAUUUAAUCCAUUUACUUAUUGAGAAACUACAUGCAGAUACAACAGCCAAAGUGUAUGAACACAUAGACCAAUGGUGGAAUAGAGACAAUGAUUGCGUAGAUCCAAGACAUUUAAUGAAAUCUUGGAAUAUUUAAUCCAUUUACUUAUUGAGAAACUACAUGCAGAUACAACACCCAAAGUGUAUGAACGCAUAGACCAAUGGUGGAAUAGAGACAAUAAUUGCGUAGAUCCUAGACAUAAAAUGAAAUCUUGGAAUAUUUAAUCCAUUUACUUAUUGAGAAACUACAUGCAGAUACAACACCCAAAGUGUAUGAACGCAUAGACCAAUGGUGGAAUAGAGACAAUGAUUGCGUAGAUCCAAGACAUUUAAUGAAAUCUUGGAAUAUUUAAUCCAUUUACUUAUUGAGAAACUACAUGCAGAUACAACACCCAAAGUGUAUGAACGCAUAGACCAAUGGUGGAAUAGAGACAAUCGAAUGAUUGUGUUGAUCCUAGACAUUUAAUGAAAUCUUGGGAUAUUUAAUCCAUUUACUUAUUGAGAAACUACAUG